AUGUCUAGGGCUCCUAUUCUCAUUAAGGAGCUGGUCAAAGGGAACCAGGUGUGGAAAAUGCACAUCAGGGUCGUUGACCUGUGGAUUGUUACAGAAAAAGCAGGGUAUCAACACCUAGAGUUGGUUAUACAAGAUGGAACGGAUUGGAUAGAGCAGAUCAAAGAGCAUGCAACUUAUUAUCUGUAUAAUGGGGAUCCUGUGGUUAAUGAUGGCCCUUUGAAAGUGUGUUCGAACCCUCUCAAGAUUCUCUUUAAUGGAGGAACUACUCUCACCAAGGUGGACAUACCGGACAUCCCACCACACAAAUUCAACUUCCAUGCCAUUGAAAACUUUCUCAAUGGACAUUUCAAGCCUGAUAUGCUCUAUGAUGUUAUUGGUGUCUUGCAAGAUGUUGUUAAGACAAAAAUGGCAGGUGGCGGUAAGAAGUCCUGUACCAAUAUCACCUUACGUGACGUUGGAGGAAAUGCCAUUGAGGUUGCUUUAUGGGGUGAUUUUAGCAAACAAUUCAUGGACUACACUACUCUUGGCAAAAAUGUUGGUCCCACAGUUAUCAUUUUGACUCAUGCUUGGUGUAAGCCAAAUGCAGUAUCUGGAUUACCAAGUCUAUCUAAUGCUUGGAAUGGCUCGAAACUCCUGAUUAACUUAGACCAUCCACAAGUGGAAACCUUCAAAACCAGUUUUGGAGCAGCUGAUUUGUCAAAUGCAUCCAAUCUUUCUCUAUCACUAACUUGUGAUUCAUCCAUUCAAUCCACAAACCAGAAUUGGACUAGCCGUAAUGAGGUCAGGACUAUCCGUGACAUUUUUGAAGGAGGAAAGGAUUGUUUUGCAACUACUAUUGGAACUACCAAACGAUUCAAGGCUUCAAGGUUUGGAUGGUUCAAAAUAGAAGUUGAAGUUGAAUAUGAUGGCUUUGAUGGAACCUUUGUAUUUUGGGAUAAGGAUUGUGUCCCAUAUACUAAACUGUCUGCUAAAGAGUUAAGGCUGCUCAUGAUAGCGAAUGGAGAAGACAACCCAAAAAUAUGGCCGGCUCAAGUUGACAUUUUGUUGAAUAAGGAAAUGGCGUUCCGUAUCAAAUUUCAAUCAUCUUACAAACAAUUUUCAAUUGUGACAAUACUUAAUGAGGAUAAUGUUUACAACAAACUAAAGAGCUACCUAACCCCGUAUGAGCAUACCUCAAAUGCUCCUGUUUUGGAGAUCUCCAAUUCUGAUCUAAAUGAUAAUCCAACUGAACCUAUUAUGACACUUUCUGCUGAAGCUUCGAUAUCUCCUCAACCUUCGUCUGCUGCAAACCAUGCUUGGAGUCCUUCUGCAAGCUCCAGCAGCACACCUGCCAAGAGGGGAGCUAUAACAACAUCAGUUAAUGAGAUGAUUGAGGCUGAAGAUCUGACUCCUAAACAAUCUGCUACUAAGGCUAAGACUGGAAGAAACAUCAAGCUUAUCAAGAAGGAGUAA